AUGCGCACAUCACAACUCGUCAAGGCGGCAGCCAUCGCAGCUCCUGCCGUUCUGCUUGCUGCCACCGCGAAUGCCGCCUCCGACUCGUGCAUCAGCCUCAAGGGCAGUUCCAUGUGCCCUUCGUUCCAGAACAACUUUGUCAAGCCGAGCAACCUGUCCAGCGAGUACAGCUUUUUCGAGACGGUCAACGACGUGGCUUCUUUUGACAGCCUCUUCCAGUACUACCUCACCGCUCAAAAUGGCUACUACGCCGACAAGAUUCAGGACGGUCUCGGAUGCAACACGACCCACGCAACCAAUGUCACCAUCCAAUGGCAACAGACCGUCUUUUGCUCGCAGUUCUCCCAGGCUUCCUUCGAGUCCGGAUGCACGGCAGAGACACCGCCCACUCUCGUCUGCCAGGAGACUUGCAACCAGUACGCCUCGUCCGAGGAGGACAUCGUAGACAACACCGCCUACUGCCGAUCCACCGACGAACUCAACCCCUUCCAGCGCAGCGUUCGACAAGACACGCUCUCCAACGACUACUACACCUGCACCGAUUACAGCUCGCUCGCCACCACCAAUGUCAACUCGUGCGUCUCCGGUAUCGAGAACGAGGGCAGCUGUGGUUUCGGCUACUCGAUCGACCAGAUGUGUGCCUUCUGCGACCCUGCAGGCGGCGUCACUCCUCCGUCGUGCUGCUCUGACUCCCGAACCGAUCUCUCGCAGUGCUCGCAGUGGGGUCACCCUCUCGCUGCCACCAUCCGUCCCACUACCACCGUCGCUACCAACGUCCCCGGCUCCGCGCAAAGCACCGGUGCUGCUUCCGGUACCGCGGGCACCAACUCUGCCACCGUUACAGGUGCCGCUGCUUCCGCCAUUUCUACCGGUGCCAAAUCUGGCAACGGCGCCUCGCGAUCCAGCACCGCCUCUGGUGCCGGAGCCACCUCGGGCAGCAGCGUCGGUGCCAACAUGGCUCCCGAUGGUCAGCAGCUCGUCAGCGCUGACGACAAGGUCUUCAGCACAAAGCAGCUCGCCGGUAUCAUCGCGGGCUGCAUCGUUGGCGCUGCGCUUCUCGGUGCCCUGCUCGCUCUGCUCUGCAUGCGCCGACGCGGCGAGAACGGUGAUGCCGAGAAGAACACGGUCUACGGCAACGCUGCCAACGAGAGCCACGUCGAGCGUCCCUGGAUCCAGAGCGAGGAGGCGAUGGUCAAGUCGCCCGAGCUCGGUCGACCUUCGACGGAUGCCAAGUUCGCCGGCGCCGGUGCAGCUGGUGUCGGAACGCUUGCCGCUGGUGGAGCUGCUAUCGCUGCAGCCAAGGGUCGCGACUCGACCGACGAGCGACCCAACAGCGCCAUGAGCGGUGAGACCGGCACCGACGGUCGCGGUACCACCAUCCCCGCCGUCAAGGACCAGUACUCUUCGCACGACAUCUGCCCAGGCGAGACCGUCGUCGCCAUCUACCCUUACAACGCAACGCUCAACGACGAGAUCACCUUGCAACCGGACGACGUCGUCACCGUCCAGCGUCUCUACGACGACGGCUGGGCGCUCGGACGCACCGAGUCCGGCGGCGAGGGUGCUUUCCCAUUGGUCUGUGUCACUUCCACCAAGGGCGGCACCUCGGGGUCCGGUGAGAACCUCAGCGGUGGCGUAACGAGCGGCAACGAGGGCAACGUCACUUCAUCAGUAGAAAACGCCGUUACUGCGGAAGAAGCUCAUUGA